AUGGUGUCUAAUAACGGGACAGAGCUCGAUCAUGAUGGAGAGUCGAAAUACGGUACGAACUCCACCGGAGUGCACUCGGUGGAGAUGUGCGUAUAUUCCCUUUUAUCAACUGAUCUCGAUGGUAUCUAUCAAUCGAUCAACGAACUAAGGGAAUCGCAAGCAUUGCUAGUUCUGUUUCUGAGAAAAUCUCGAGACUCCCUGAAAAAGGAAAACCAGAUACUGUACGAUGAUACCCAAAUGGAUGCUUUCAAUUUGAAGAUCAAAGAUUUAAAAAGAAGGUCAAAUGCUCUUUCGCAAAAGCUACGGGAAUUAGAUGAUAGAAGUGAAAGGCUGGUUCAACAAAAUCUGUAUGAGAGGUAA